ACUACAGUUCCCAGAAGGCGCCGCGGGUCGGCAGUGGAACCUUUGCUCGCUCUCACCGGGCCCUCUCCCCAAGUCGAUUCAGCGGUAGAGGUGACCUGGCUUCCUGAGCUUCUCUGCAGGUGCUGAAAUUGUCUGCGCACUUCCCAGUCAUGUCUGAACCAGUCAGAGUUCUUGUGACUGGAGCAGCUGGUCAGAUUGCCUACUCACUGCUGUACAGCAUUGGAAAUGGAUCUGUCUUUGGUAAAGACCAGCCUAUAAUUCUUGUUUUGUUGGAUAUCACUCCCAUGAUGGGUGUCCUUGAAGGUGUCCUAAUGGAACUGCAAGACUGUGCCCUUCCCCUCCUGAAAGAUGUUAUUGCAACUGAUAAAGAAGAAAUUGCCUUCAAAGACCUGGAUGUGGCUAUUCUUGUCGGCUCUAUGCCAAGAAGGGAUGGCAUGGAGAGAAAAGAUUUGCUGAAAGCAAAUGUGAAAAUCUUCAAGUGCCAGGGUGCAGCACUGGACAAAUAUGCCAAGAAGUCAGUUAAGGUUAUUGUGGUGGGAAACCCAGCCAAUACCAACUGCCUGACUGCCUCCAAGUCGGCACCAUCCAUCCCCAAGGAGAACUUCAGUUGCCUGACUCGUUUGGACCACAACCGAGCUAAAGCACAGAUUGCUCUUAAACUUGGCGUGACUUCCAAUGAUGUGAAGAAUGUCAUUAUUUGGGGAAACCACUCCUCAACUCAGUAUCCAGACGUUAACCAUGCUAAGGUGAAACUGCAAGGAAAGGAAGUUGGUGUUUAUGAAGCUAUGAAAAAUGACAGCUGGCUCAAAGGAGAAUUUAUCUCGACUGUGCAGCAACGAGGUGCUGCUGUGAUCAAGGCUCGGAAGCUCUCCAGUGCAAUGUCUGCUGCAAAAGCCAUCUGUGACCAUGUCAGAGACAUCUGGUUUGGAACCCCAGAGGGAGAAUUUGUGUCCAUGGGCAUUAUCUCUGAUGGCAACUCCUAUGGUGUUCCCGAGGAUCUGCUCUACUCAUUCCCUGUUACAAUCAAGAAUAAAACCUGGAAGGUUGUUGAAGGUCUCCCUAUUAACGAUUUCUCCCGUGAGAAGAUGGAGCUUACUGCAAAGGAACUGACAGAAGAAAAAGAAACUGCUUUUGAAUUUCUCUCCUCUGCCUGACUAGACAAUCGUUUCGAUUUCAAUCAUGUUACUAAUUGCCCCAAAGUUGAAGAAUCUAAAUGUCGUCUUUGAUUCUAGUACCAAAUAAUAAUAAUGCUAUACUUAGAUUUCUUGUGGGAAAAAAACGAAAAACACAUUUUAAAGAUUGUGAGCUUCCUGGUACAAAUUUGUGACAGUUUAUCAUCAUGCUGUUAGUGCUGCAUUCUAAAUAAAAUGUGUGUUCAAGUGAAAAUGAA